AUGGGCAUAUGGCACAAAUUCUCCUCAGUAGCUCACCCUCAAACCAACGGCCAGACGGAGGUCACCAACAGAGCUAUCCUCCAGGGGUUAAAGAAGAGGCUGGAUGGGGCAAAGGCAAACUGGGCAGAAGAACUCAAUAGCAUCUUGUGGACACUCCGAACUACUCCCAGGUCGUCCACUAAAGAAACGCCCUUUGCACUUGCAUUUGGCACUGAAGUCGUAGUCCCAAUUGAGUUACAAGUCCCUACACAUCGGGUCCAGUUUCAUGAUGAGAACGCGAAUAGUGAUAAGCUGAGAAGUAACCUUGAUGCCCUGGAGGAAGUCAGGGAGGAAGCCCAAAUCCGAACUGCCGCUUAUCAACAAAGAGCGGCCCGUUAUUACAAUAUAAGGGUCAGGGAAAGAAGUCUGAAGAUAGGAGACUUGGCCCUGAAAAACCUGGAGGCUAUAGGGAAAAGAGCGGCGGUAGGCAAGCUAAAGAGCUCGGAAGCGGCAAUAAGACCACAGAGCCCGAAUCUUACAGAAGACCUCAAGGAGGCACAAAAUGGCCGGUGA